AGAGGUUCAAGAGUUAGGUUUCGUCAACAAGGCGAGGAAGAAGCGAAGGCCCCUCCGUGGAAAUGUCCGCUCAGGUUCCCUCCGAUCAGAGCAAGGCGAAAAAUUCAAAAUUUAAACAGAAAUUUAAGCAGCAGAGACUCCCAGCAUGGCAGCCGAUCCUCACAGCCGAUACAGUCCUUCCAGCAUUUUUCCUCAUUGGUCUUUUGUUCAUCCCCCUGGGGGUGGCUCUUCUCUACUUCUCAGAGAAUGUACAAGAGUUCCAGUUAGAGUACACAGAUUGUGAGAGCAUCUCCCAUCAAUUAGCUGACGGAACAAAGAGGCAAUGUAAGGAUGUUAUAAAAGAUACUCCUGAGGUCUGCACAUGUCGCAUUAGCUUCAACAUCUCGGAAGCCUUUGAAAACAAUGUUUACCUUUACUAUGGCUUGGAUAACUUCUACCAGAAUCAUCGUCGCUAUGUUAAGUCUAGGGAUGAUGACCAAUUGUUGGGAAGAGUAAAUCCUACUGUUAACAGCGACUGCAAGCCUUUUGCAACUGAUACUAAUGAUAAAAUCUUUGCACCCUGUGGAGCAAUUGCCAACUCAAUGUUUAAUGACACGUUGAGGUUGUUCCGGAAAAAGGAGAAGGAAAACAUAAAGUUGAUCAAGAAAGGCAUUGCUUGGCCCUCAGAUAGGAAGUUGAAAUUUAGCAAUCCUGAAGGAGCAUUGAAUGAGACUGGUGCAUUCAAAGACACUGUCAAGCCUCUCUACUGGACUCGUAGUGUAUGGGAGCUUGACUUAGAUGACCCUGAUAAUAAUGGCUAUAGGAAUGAGGACUUGAUUGUCUGGAUGCGCAGUGCAGCUUUUCCCACCUUCCGUAAACUCUACCGCAAAAUUGACCACACCCAGCCGGGUUACAUCAAUGGACUCCCUCCAGAUCGUUACUAUUUGGAGGUUGACUACAAUUACCCAGUGGAUUCAUUUGGUGGUAAGAAGCGAAUGAUUCUCUCCACAACCAGCUUCUUGGGUGGCAAAAAUAACUUCCUCGGAAUUGCCUACAUCACAGUGGGAGCUAUUUGUCUCCUGCUUGGGAUAAUUUUCCUUAUUAUCCACAUCAAAUUUGGAAAGAGGGCUGGUGAUCAGCUGAGUAUAAACCAGAACACACCAUACAGUGAUUAGAAGAGCUUUGUUUCAUAUGAAGUCCAAUCUUAUUGUAAAAUUUCCAAAGAGAGGGAAGAGGUUCAGUGUGGGUAAUAACAGUGGGACACACGGCCUCUUUCAUUUUUUAUUUAUUUGAAUAUCAUUUGUGAUAUCUGGAUAAAGUGAGUUUGUUUUAGAUUCUCAAAUGCAGGACCAAAGAACUAUGUGAGUACCAGUGAUAGAUAAGCUUUUUUCUUAUUAUGGAUUUUGUUAUAGGAAAUCCCAAAUAAUUUCUGUAUAGAACAUUCCCCUUUAAGAUAUUUGCUGGAUAAGGUGACUUUUUCUGCAUCUGAUUUUAUAAAUUGCUAUUUUGUUAUUCAUGGUAUCGUAAAAUUGCAAGCCAUAGCAUUUAGGAAAAAAGUGAAGUCUGUUAUCUGUAUAUCACAAUUUAGAGGUUCAUUAAAUGGCUCUUGAAGGUACUUGAUAUAUGUAAAUGCUUGAUGAAAGGUAAGAAUAUUUCUUAUGAAGCUUUCAAGUCAGCAUUACCCUCAUAGAUUAUGAAAUUGCCUCAAGUAUUGCCCUGCUUAUGAUAAGAAAUGGUAUAUUAUGAAAAGAUUUAGCAGAAGUAAAGAAAAAUGAGUCAUUGUUGUUGUAUAUUUUAUGAUCAUUUUUUAUGAAAGGGCACAUUGAGAAUUUUUCUUUUUUUUCCCUUUUUUCAUAUUUCAUCUCAGGGUUUAAUUAGAGAUUAAAACAAACUAAACUUUCAUUGAUUAAUACAGACUAUGAUACCAUCACCUCAAAAUUAUGUUGCCAUUUGUCCAAGGAUAGGUUGUACUUAAUGAUUAAGAAGAUGAUAAUAAUAAUAAGAUAAUAAUAGUUACGAUGAAACUUCGGUAUUGGGGCUUUGGGUGCAUUUAAGGCCACCUUGAAAAUUGGUUUUAGUAAACAGUAGACAGUAGCCUUUGGGUUAUUGUAUUUUCAUAGGUUGAUUCUUAUUUAUCCAUUAUUGGUAAAAAAAAAUAUGUGCAAGUUCUACUCCUGUGGCAAUGAAAUUAGUAUUAUGUUCUAAAAUAAUAAUUGCUUUAUUACUGAUAAGGUACUUAUUAUUAUUUUGCCAUUAAGUCCAUUUUUUUUUUUUUAAUAAGAUCUUGAAAAUGAUCAGUAUUAUUUCUUUCUAAAUAUAUUUUGACUUUGAUUUUUAUUCAGUUUGGGUGAAGUGGCCUUAAAUAUUAAUUUUAUGAUAAAGAUAAUAAAAAGAAAAACAAAAAAACAAAAAAACAACAAAAAAAAACUAAAUUAAAUGAAGCUUCACAGAAAUGUGAAGACAAAUGAAGCAUAUUCACUGGUGCUUUACUCCUAAUAUUUUCCUUAUUGCACCUGAACAUUUCGGUUUCAAAAUCUUUCAGAGAAAUAAAGAAUAAAAGAUUAAUUGGGUUUAGCUUACAGUGUAAUAUUUGUAUAUAUGUUUGAAGAUACAUACAUAUAUACAUACAUAUUUACAUGCUUAUAUGUAAUCAUAAGAUAUUUUUGGUAUUCUGCAAUUUCUUUGCACAACAAUUAGAUUUUAUCUUAAAAAGUCAAUACAUAUACAUAACACAUAAGUAUUGUCGCCAAUUUUCAUUUUCAUUAUAGCUUACAGCUAUAAAUGUAUAUAAGAAUAUAUAACCAGUUCACAGUGCCAGUAUAGAUAUUCUAUUAUUAUAUGUGAGAUACAUAGCGCAUGUGUUGAGCUGUGUCAAGAAGUAUGCUUGUUGUUGGUGGACAUUACUGUGUCACUUAGCAGAAUGUGAAGGAUCUUGCUCUUAUACUUCUUGCAACACAACUUCAGCCUUACUUUUUAUUUUUGAGAUUAUCUUUAUUAUUAUCAUAAUUAAUAUUAUAUAAAUAGUUUUUAAUCAUUUUUAAGAAGCAGACUGAAAACAUUGUAGUUUGGUCAUUUUCCUGUCAGCUUUUCCUCAUUUGCAUAUGGUAUAUAUCAUACAAUGAGAAGACUUUUGUGUUUGUGAUAUGUAUAGCAAAAAAUGCAAUAGUUGAUUUUCAUCAAUACUAUUUUAUGUAAAACAUAUAUAUUCUUGUUGAAGCAAUGUGGUAGUAGUUAGUGUUGUAAAAUGUUGCAUUCCAUAUAUUAGAUGUUAUAAAAUAUUUAUGGUCACUUGACAAAAGGAUUUAAUGUAUUCAUAAGAUAGGAUUUAAACUUUCUAAGGUAAUGCCUAAAAUUUUUGAUUCAAAAGUGUCUUCAUCUAAAUUCUGACGGUCUUUUAUCACGAAGGUUUGAACAUUUUUUCACCUUUUCCUCAGUUUGAUUAUUUUCUAUUAAUAUGUUCACUUCAUUUACUUGUGUCUGAUUUAUGAAUUUGAGUGUAAUUGUUUCAUCUAGUCCAAUAAAGUCUGUUGUAUGAAAA